AAGGGAGUCUACGGCAGCCUGGGUGUGUCCUUGCCCCUCUUCAGGAAGAGAAGACAGACCUGAGGUCCUUGCUGUGCUCUCAGAAGCCCGCCUGGAGUUCUCACCCAGAGCCUUCUGAAGAUGGAGCGGUCUACCCAGGAGCUGUUUCUCAACUUCACAGUCGUCCUUAUCACAGUUCUGCUUAUGUGGCUCCUUGUGAGAUCCUACCAAUACUGAGGGGCCAUGCCGCUCUCCUGGGAGUGACUGCCGUGGGCCCUGAGCUUGCACUGCCGCUGUCACAGUGGGAUGCCGUUCUUGGCUCC